UGGCCGGUGGCUGUGCUGUGCAGCACGGUGCUCCACCCGUGUCUUCCCAGGUGGGAAGAGAAGAGCCAGAGCAGAGUGAAGUGGAGGCAGCUGGAGCACAGAGGCCCGCUCUUCGCCCCUGCCUACGAGCCGCUUCCUGACGGAGUGCGCCUCUUCUACGAUGGAAGGCCUGUGCCGCUGAGCUUGGCAGCCGAGGAGGUGGCCACUUUCUAUGGGAAGAUGUUGCAUCAUGAAUAUACAACAAAGGAAGUUUUCCGAAAUAACUUCUUCAAGGACUGGAGAAAGGAGAUGACCCUGGAGGAGCGGCUGCUCAUCACGCACCUGGACAAGUGUGACUUCACGGAGAUCCACAGAUACUUCGUGGACAAGGCUGCAGCCCGGAAAGCCCUGCCCAAGGAGGAGAAGCAGAAACUAAAAGAAGAGGCAGCAAAGCUUCAGCAGGAGUUUGGCUACUGUAUUCUUGACGGCCACAGGGAGAAAAUUGGCAAUUUCAAGAUGGAGCCUCCUGGGUUGUUCUGCGGCCGUGGUGAGCACCCCAAGAUGGGCAUGGUGAAGAGGAGGGUCCUGUCCGAGGACGUGGUCAUCAACUGCAGCAGGGACGCCGUCCCCGGGCCCCCAGUGGGCCACCAGUGGAGAGAGGUGUGCUCAGACACCACAGUGACGUGGCUGGCGGCGUGGACGGAGAACAUCCAGAAUCGCACCAAGUACAUCGCUCUGAACCCCAGCUCCAAGCUGAAGGGGGAAAAAGACCGACAAAAAUAUGAGGUCGCGCGCCGCCUUGGGGGGCUUGUGGAUGAGAUCCGCGCUCAGUACCAGGCCGCCUGGGAAGCCCCAGAGGUGAAGACAAGGCAGCGGGCAGUGGCCCUGUAUUUCAUCGACAAGCUGGCACUUCGAGCAGGACACGAGAAGGAGGACAAGACGGCGGACACGGUGGGCUGCUGCUCCCUCCGCGUGGAGCACGUGCGGCUGCAUGCGCGGGCUGCCGGCCGCCAGCACGUGGUGGAGCUGGAUUUCCUGGGAAAGGACUCCGUCCGCUACCAUCAGCUCGUGUCAGUGGAGGAGCCGGUGUUCAGGAACCUGCAGCUGUUCAUGAAGAACAAAAAGCCCAGGGACAGCCUCUUCGACAGAUUGACCACCUCCAGUCUGAACAAGCACCUGCAGCAUUUGAUGCACGGGCUGACGGCGAAGGUGUUCCGGACGUACAAUGCCUCUGUCACUCUGCAGGAGCAGCUGCAGGUGCUGACCCGCGCUACAGACAGCCAGGCCGACAAGGUCCUGGCCUACAGCCGGGCGAACCGGGCGGUGGCCAUCCUCUGCAACCACCAGCGCGCCACUCCCAGGAGCUUUGAAACUUCCAUGCAGGCGCUCCGCAGGAAGAUCGAGGCAAAGGAGGCCCAGGUGGCUGAGGCCCAGGAGGAGCUGCAGAGGGCCAUGGCCAGCCCCAGGACCGGAGGGGACAGCAAGUCCAGGAGGUUAUUGCAGCAGCGGCAGCAGCGGCUGCAGCGGCUGAGCGGACAGCUGGCGCGGGCGCGGGCCCAGGCCACGGCUAAGGACGAGAACAAGCAGGUGGCGUUGGGCACGUCCAAGCUCAACUACCUGGACCCCCGGAUCAGCAUUGCCUGGUGUAGGAGGUUCGGGGUGCCUGUGGAGAAGGUCUACAGCAGGGCGCAGCGGGAAAGGUUCGCCUGGGCCCUGCAGGAGGGGGACGAGCACUUCCAGUUCUAAGCGAGCUCUGUCGCUACUGAAGCAGCGCUGGAGGCUGGGCAGGCAGAUGCGUCGUGCGGGUGCACUGAUGCAGAGCCGGACCCUGGCCCGUCCUAGGCAGUGCCCAGCACACUCGCAGCUGAACCGGCCAUGGGCGCAGGGCGGCUGCAGGUCUAC